AUGCACCGGGUGCUCGUGAGCUCGCUCUUGGCCACCACGCCGCGGUGGCUCCCGCUCGCCGACUCCAUCCUCCGGCGCCACCGCCCGCGUUGCUCCCCUCUUCCCAUGCUGCUAUUCGACCGGAGGGCUUGGUCCAAACCAAGGAAGGUCUCACGGGGCAUUUCAAUGGCGUCUAGGAAAGCUAACAAACAGGGAGAAUAUUGUGAUGAAAGCAUGCUGUCGCAUAUCAUGUGGUGGAAAGAGAAAAUGGAGAGGUGCAGAAAACCAUCAUCCAUACAAUUGACUCAGAGGCUUGUGUAUUCGAAUAUAUUAGGGUUGGAUCCAAAUUUAAGAAAUGGAAGCUUGAAAGAUGGAACCCUGAACAUGGAGAUUUUACUAUUUAAAUCAAAAUUUCCUCGUGAGGUUCUACUUUGCAGAGUAGGAGAUUUCUAUGAAGCUAUCGGUUUUGAUGCAUGUAUUCUCGUAGAGCGUGCAGGCUUAAAUCCUUUUGAAGGUUUGCGUUCUGACAGUAUUCCUAAAGCUGGGUGUCCAGUCGUGAAUUUACGGCAGACAUUAGAUGAUUUGACUCGAUGUGGUUAUUCUGUGUGCAUAGUUGAGGAAAUUCAAGGCCCAACACAAGCCCGUGCCCAGAAAACUCGAUUUAUUUCUGGGCUCUUCAAUAUGAGUCUUGAAUACAACGUGCUUAUUUUGGCCUGUUGCUACUGCUGUUUUAUCAAGGUUGUACCUACCUUAUUGAUGUUGUUACGUAUCCAGAAGUCCUCUGGAGAGAACUCCUUGCACCCAUUAUUUGAUAAUAGGGAAUACUUGGGUGGUAGAUUCAGGAGCGCAGUGCUUGCUAAUGCAGCAGUGCUGCUGUUGAGCUGUGUCAAGAUCAAGACUACAUUAGUGUUGCUAAUUAUGGUCUUCUUUGGUAUUUUAGGCUUCCAGCAGCAAGUCAGCAAAGAAAUGGAGUUUGGGACAGGAAUAUGGACCUCUGGACAUGGCAGAAAAGAGAAGAAAACAACUCCCACAACUGUAAUCCCACAUUUUGAUUCCAUUAUGCUGCAUAUGAAAGCCUAUGAUAGCCCAGCCGACGGGAAAAGUUCAUUUCAGGUUGAAAUGUCGGAGAUACGUGCUUUAGUCAGCCGAGCUACUGCUAGGAGUCUUGUUCUGAUUGAUGAAAUAUGUAGGGGCACAGAAACUGCAAAAGGAACCUGUAUAGCUGGUAGCAUCAUUGAAAGACUUGAUAACGUUGGCUGCCUAGGCAUCAUAUCAACUCACCUGCAUGGGAUUUUUGACCUGCCUCUCUCACUCAGCAACACUGAUUUCAAAGCUAUGGGAACUGAAGUGGUCGAUGGGUGCAUUCAUCCAACAUGGAGACUGAUGGAUGGCAUCUGUAGAGAAAGCCUUGCUUUUCAAACAGCCAGGAGGGAAGGCAUGCCUGACUUGAUAAUCAGAAGGGCUGAGGAGCUAUAUUUGACUAUGAGUACGAAUAACAAGCAGACAGCAUCAAUGGUGCACAAUGAGUCUCCUAAUGGCAGCCCCAUUGUAAAUGGCUUGGUUGAGAAGCCUGGAUCUCUGAAAAGCAGACUAGAAAUUCUGCCUGGUAUCUUUGAGCCACUGCGGAGGGAAGUUGAGAGUGCUGUUACUAUGAUAUGCAAGAAAAAACUGUUGAAUCUUUACAAUAAAAGUAGCAUCCCAGAACUGGUUGAGGUGGUCUGCGUUGCUGUAGGUGCUAGAGAGCAACCACCACCUUCCACUGUUGGCAGGUCUAGCAUCUAUGUGAUUAUCAGAAGCGACAACAAGCUUUAUGUUGGACAGACGGAUGAUCUUCUGGGGCGCCUUCAUGCCCACAGAUCGAAGGAAGGCAUGCAGGAUGCUACGAUAUUAUACAUCUUGGUUCCUGGCAAGAGCGUUGCCUGCCAGCUGGAAACCCUUCUCAUAAAUCAGCUUCCUUCGAGGGGCUUCAAGCUCAUCAACAAGGCAGACGGAAAGCAUAGGAACUUCGGUAUAUCUCGGAUCUCUGGAGAGGCAAUCGCCACCCAACUAAACUAA